AUGCCUACCGUUCCUAACUCCGCGGUCAUUAACUGGGACAUCCUCAAUGAGGUGGUUUCUAUGGACGAGGAUGAGCCAGGCUUUUCUCAGAGUUUAGUUGUUCAAUAUAUUGAUCAAGCAGAAACCACCUUUAAGGAAAUACAGAAAGAAUUGGAGUCGGGAUGCCCUUCGCUAGAUAAGCUUUCAAGUUUAGGCCACUUUUUGAAAGGUUCUUCUGCAUCACUGGGAUUACAAAGAAUGGCGUGGGCUUGCGAGCGCAUUCAAAACUACAAAAAACGGGCUAACUUACCUUCCGAUAGUUCUUCGGACGCUAGUAUAACCGCUAUGAUUAGGGAGGGCCUUAGUAUGGCGCAGACGGAGUUUCAGUGCGCAAGGAAGGAACUCAGUAAGUACUAUAAUGCAGAGUUAUGA